CAGUCGUUCAACGGCUUUGCAGGCAAAGCAGCUCUCUUCGGCUUCACAUCUCACGUAACCCUCAGCGCCCCCACCACCCGCCUGAUGUACACCGGCGCGCACACCAUCCAGGAGCUCUCCUGCGCGCGCUGCUGCGCGUACCUCGGCUGGAAGAUCCUCCGCGCCCACGAGUGGUCCGAGAAGUGGAAGGAGGGCCGCUUCCUGCUCGAGCUCGAGGCGCUC